AUGUACGCCAACCGAUCUACAGGCUCGACGGCUCUCAAGCGCCUCAUGACAGAGUAUCGAGAGUUGACAAUGAAUCCACCUGAAGGCAUUACUGCAGGCCCUAUUGACGAGAACAACUUUUUCGAGUGGGAGGCUCUUAUUGCAGGUCCCGAGGGCACGCCAUUUGAAGGAGGUCUAUUUCCUGCAACAUUGACCUUCCCAAAGGAUUAUCCAUUGAGUCCACCUACUAUGCGCUUUACAUGUGAUUUCUUCCAUCCCAAUGUCUAUGCCAAUGGCACGGUGUGUAUCUCUAUUCUCCACCCUCCAGGCGAUGAUCCCAACAUGUAUGAAAGCAGUUCCGAACGUUGGAGUCCCGUACAAAGUGUCGAAAAGAUCCUUCUCAGUGUUGUUAGUAUGUUGGCAGAACCUAACGAUGAGAGUGGUGCAAAUGUGGAUGCUUGCAAAAUCUGGCGUACUGAUCGAGAGCGAUACAACGAGAUUGUUCGUGAAAAUGCACGCAAGACAUUGGGACUUUGA